AUGGCUCGUUCGGAAGGGUUCCUGCCUACAGGCUGCAGGUAUUGCAGUGCAACGCCAGCUCUGGACAAGUUCUCGUGCUCCAGUGUCAUACCUACUGUCAGCCCCUGCUGUAGGAGCUCUGUUGUAGUGCAUCCCGCCUGGAUCGCCGAGCCCCUCGCCCCCCAGAGGUGCCAAUGGAUUAGCCACUGCCUUCCCUCCCCUGGCCCAGCAUGGAAGAGGCUGAGCGCAUUGGGGAGAUCAGUGGGCUUAGACAGCAAUGUCCCUGUGCUGGUGAGAGGGGAACAAGAUGGAUUUUAUUACCGCGGUACAGUAAAAGAGGAGAUAGAGCAGAGUGAAAGAGGCAUGUUCCUGAUAGAGUUUGCCAAACCACUUGCGUCACAUGGAAGGCAUCCAGUGUGUGUGCAAAAAACAGCAAAGGAUGACAUCCUGGAAUAUGUGAACAGGAUGAAGCACUCCUUACUCCCUGGAGACAAAGUGCUGGCACCCUGGGAGCCAGAUAUGGCCAGGUACGGCCCAGGAACCAUCCUCACGGGCAUCGAGACAAGGGACCCCUUACGAGCCUCAGAAGACGAAGAAAUUAUGGUCCAGUUCUGGAAUGACAAGAAAGUGAAACUGCCGCAAGGUGUGGCUCUGUGGAUCCCUCCUAGCCUGUGGGAGAGGAUUGUAGAGAUGAUUCACAUGCCCUUCACCAGCAGGGUGAAGCCCAGAGAAAGUCCGGACACUAACUCUUGUGUUUUUUCCUGUAGUCCUAAAACAGCCCUGAUUCCUGUUUGUGCUGUACACAGCCUUGCCAAGCACUACUUGCUGUGCUUGCCCUGCUGGCCACGUUUCCACUAUCACUGUGAUGGUAUAUGCUGUUCGUCAGCAUGUGUAAGGUGCAUCUGCUGCUGCCGUCCCCAUGUUGAUGCCUGGUGGCCUCUUCCAUCCAGGUCUCUGGCCUUUCGGAGUGAAACUGAAGAGUCAGAGUCCAGCAGUGAGCCCACUCCAUGCCUUCUAGAACUGAAAGGCUCAAAACAAGAAGCAGCAGCAGCUGUGGGAGCAUCUUCCCCCUCUUCGGAUUCCGAGUGGGACCUGGAGCCAUUUCCCACUAAGAGUACUGUGGUGGACAGUGCUGUUAACACAGGUCCCAGCUGCCUUGAGAAGCCCAGGCUAAAGGAUUCUGCAAGACCCGAGUGGAAAUACUGGAAAAGAAGCCACCACAAGUCCCACCCCAGUAAUUCAGCUCUUCUUGUGGCAAUUCAUCCAAUGGAAAACUACCAGAAAAAUGGAUUUCAUUUGGAAUUCUGCUUUCACUCUUACAUACAAUUUUGCUCCUUCCCAGCACUCAGCAGUUGCAGCAGCACAUGUACAAAGGGCAAGUCGGAAUCCAAAGCCAUCUCCGCUGGGAACGUGUCCUGUGUUGUCCCGACUAACAGGAGUGCAAUGUUUGAAACCAUCGAGCAGUCUCCUAGAGGGCAACUCACAAUGAAAGAAAUCUUAAGAGACCAAGAUUUCAAGCUGUCAUUGGGGGAAGAAGGUUUUGCAGCAUCAGAAAAACAAAGAUACAAAACAGGAAGAAAGAAAAGAGAGUCAGAUGAUAAACGUAAAGCGACUUGCAUAGCAGAUGACAAACUUGACGAUACAGACCACGUCAGAAGAGGACAGAGAAAAAACAGCAAAGAGCUCACUUGCAACAAAGCAGAGAGAACCAUGAUCAACUGGAAUUCAGUAAAUGUACAAUUGAUGAAGGUCAGGAGCUGA